AUGCAGCUAGUUGAAGUAGACAUUUCUAAAGUCCGUUUCUCUCAAAAUAAUAUUUCGAAAUAUUUCAUUGCUGGCCCUCGAGCUGGCCAAUCAAUUUUUACCGCUUUCAACCACAUUAAUAAGCGUCGGGAACUACGUAACGAAGAAAUAGACAUAACGGGCUACUUCGUAGGAGACCAACUAUUUGUUGCUAACAACAGAACAGUCGCCGCCCUCCGUAGCCUUCAGUUGCGGAGAGGCUGGAAGAAGCUCACCAUCAGUGUGAAAAUUACGGAAUUUAAGGGCCACAAGUGGAGGCAUACCACUACUAACGAAGGUAAAACGAUCCAGAUUCGGGAUAAAUAGGCAAAAUGCAGUACAAUAUGCUGCUAUUAGCCUUCCCCGAAUGGGAGAAGAUUGAAGACGCAUUUCGCGAAGAAGAGCGAAAAAUAGUCCAAGGACAUGAUUAUGAGGAGCCUCUUUACUAUCGGCCUCGUAAUGAAGACGGAUCUUGGCAAUACGAUUUCGAAGACGUUACCGCCAGUUUCGUCCAAAAGCAAGAUCAGAUUUGGAAGGAGAUCCGUCAGCUUCGAUAUGGAGAGCUACGCCAAAAAUAUGCUGCUGACCUCCUCCACAUCAAACGAAGCAAAUACCUCGAACAAAAGGCAGUCGAAGCCGAAAGUAAGAAAGCCGAAGAUAAACAUGAAAUCCCCACUAGUUCCCCCUCCCCCCCCAUCAGCACUUCAUCUUCUUUAACGAUUUCGGCCUCAGCGGCACAAGGAAAGAGACCAG